AUGAGGCGCACACUCAACAUCAAGAACAAGCUCGGCUUCAUUGAUGGUAAUAUUUCUAAGCCCACUGAUUCAUCUGACCCUUUCUUUACUCCAGGGGAGCGUUGCAAUGAUAUGAUAAUUGCUUGGACUCAACACUCUAUUAGUUUUGAGCAGAGAUCAACUAUUGCACAUGCUAAUACUGUUGCUAAUGUCUGGAAUGACCUUCGUGGGCGGUUUUCCAUCCAAAAUGCACCACACAUUUUCCAACUCACAAAAGCCAUUUCAUCCUUGGUACAAGAUGUUGAUUAUGUGAGCAUCUACUACAAUACACUGAAGAGUUAUUGGGAUGAACUCGAGAUUUAUGAGCCAAUGCCUCUAUGCACUUGUGGCUCGGUGAAGAUUUUGACGGAUUACAAUCAUCGCAGUAAAGUUAUGCAGUUCUUGAUGGGGCUCCAAGACUCCUAUGACUCUAUUCGAGCACAAAUGCUUCUAUAUGACUCUCUUCCCACAUUGAAUCGUGUUUUAUCUUUAAUCCAACAAGAAGAACGACACAAGUAG